AUGGCAAGAAUUAAAAAAAGGAAGAUCACAUCUAAAUUGAUUGAGAAUUUUAGUAAAAGAAAAAUGUGUUAUAAGACAAGAUUAAAAGGGUUGUUCACUAAAAUGGAGCAGGUGACAACCCUUUGUGAUGUUCAGGCAUGUGCGGUUGUGUUUGGCCCAGGAGAUACAACACCUUCAAUGUGGCCAUCUCGUGAUGCAGCUGAAAAACUUAUACACGAAUUUGAUUCGAUGCCAGAAUAUGUACGAUUCAAAAAUGUGACUGAUCAAUUGUCUUUUUUGAAGGAAAAAGGUAAAAAACUUCAAGCUACCCUUGACAAGAUCAAGGAAGAUAACGAAGAUACACUAAUGGGAUCUUACCUGUAUCAAAUUGAAAAUGAAGGUAAGCCUUUAAGUGAUUUUCAGCCUAGUGUGUUGAAUCGCUUAAUUAAUUUUAUGCUAAAAAAGUAUAAGUUAUUUAGUCAUAGAGUAGAGAAUUAUGAAGAGGAUGUGUCCUAUCUUAACAAUCCAUCUCCACCACGGCUUCCUCCAAUUUCUUGUUCGACAGAUUAUGAGAUAAAUAGAAAUGAACAAAUGUUGAACCAACAACCAUUGUUAGAUUUGGUUACCCAAAGUGAUCGAAUGAUUAGUGAUUUUGAUAACAGUAUUUGCAGUAGCAUGAGGCCAUCACCACAUGAAAAUCUUAAUAAUGGUGAUAUGUUGGGUUAUCAAAACGACUUUGAAGUUUUUGGAGGCUUCAAUAACAAUGCAGGUGUUGGUGAUAUGUUGGCUUAUCAAAGCGAGUUUGACGUUUUUGGAGGCUUCCAUAACAUAAGGGUACCACCACAUGAAUGUCUCAGUGGUGGUGAUAACAUGUUUCUGACUCAAGGAAACCUUGGAGGUUUCGAUAGCCAUACAAGUGGUGGUGUUGGCAUGAGUCUAGCUCUUGAAAAUUUUGAAGGUUUUAACAAUAUUGGUAACACUACACCACAUGAAAAUCACAGUGUUGGAGAUAAUAUGGUGAUUCCACAAGGAGAUUUACAAGGCUUAUAUAACAAUGACAUAGGAAUAACCCCAUAUUUAAACCCUAAUGUUAGGGUUGGUGAGGUGUAUCCUGAAAGAAAAUUUGAGGAUUUUAAUGGCGAAGAUUUCGAAGGCUUUGAGGCAUUUCCUCUUAACACGUUUGGAAUUCAUAAUGAAGCUAUCCCUACCAAUGAUGGAAGAGGCAUGGAUAUGUCAAUGCCUUUGAACUUCUAUGAAGACAACAACAACGGAAGAUAUAUGGGAAGUUUCAAUGGAAAUUUUGGUAACAUUAACUAUGGAAACAAUUUCAACAAUAGAUUUCUCUAA